AUUCCCGCCGUUGAACACGCUCGGAUAUAACCGGAAUCAGGUGAUUGGCUAGCGGCUUUAUCUCAUCGCUCAUCCGCGCGCCCCGCACUGUGCACACGACUUUUCUCGCACUACUUUCCUCAGGGUUUGACACCACCAGCGACAAUGGCUUCGUCCAUGCUCCUUCACUCAACGCUGCCCAGAACCUUUGCUUCUGCAACUGGACGUAAUAUCCUGCGAUCUGCGUUGCAAGUGAGAGCGGCAAGCUCGACUACGCAGUAUGUACCAGGCGGACCUAUCAUAAAGGGCACCGUCAAUGACCCUACGGAGUUCCCCCCUCCAUCAAGAACGCAUGGGUCGUAUCACUGGCAUUUGAGCGCCUUCUUGCAGCCUCCCUUCUUGGUGAUGCACUCUCAUCUUGGGUUUGACUCGAUGAUUGUGGACUAUGUGCACCCGCGCAAAUUUCCCAUCCUUGGACCUGUCAUGACCUGGACACUGAGAUCAGCCACGGUUGGCGUGCUCGUUGGCGUUUAUCAGUUCAACACAAAUGACAUUGGUUUGACGGAGUUGAUUGCGAAGGUCUGGACAGCAUAAGAUUAUGUAAGACUCCGCGUUACAAAAUACCAAUAAAAAUCGUUUAUCGUUUACCACCGGUGCUCAGUAGACGACGAAGAACACUAAAAGAUGUUGAGAGUAGUAGAUAUUCACAAUAUUUAACUGGUGACCAGCCUUCGCCGUUAAGACGCAAGUUCAAACCAUCAAGCUCGCCGCGCUUGAACAGUGGUUGUCAGAAGAGAGAUGGUCAGUAUGCAUCUUCCUCCGCAAUACUUAUCCUCCGGCACUGCCAAUAACCGCCAUUGAUGUUCGGUCGUGACUCGAAGUUCCCUCGCGAAAUUUGGCCCGCCGCAUUUCUAGCUGUUGACUUCUUGGAAUAGCUGUACGCCCUCCGAACCAUGGGUAGACACAUAUGUCGAAGGCCUGAGCUGGCGGAGGGUGCUAUAUGGCGACCUCAGGUGCAGUUUUU